AUGACUCUUAGUAGUGUGGCUGAGAAGCUUUUCCAACAUUUUAACAUUGAUACCAAACAGUGGUCAUACUCACGUAUAACUGUCGCAUUAUUAGCUCAUGAAUCUUUUGGGAUUGGUUUAGCUCUGGGUUUCUGGAUAAUAUGCUAUAAAAAGCAACCAGUUAGGUGUCUCACAUCAUUUGCUCCCAUUGCCAUACAAAACAUUUAUUCAAAAGGAUUGGAUUGGUCGGCAAGAAAACUUCGUCAGUUACCUUUAUUCGUUUCUUCACAGGCAGAUCCUAAUCGGAUUCUUAUUAGUGGAGCAGAGAGUUACGUACUUCGUAAAAUAUUGUCACCUCUUACUAUUCCUGGGAAGAUAUACAUAGCCGUUCUAGUUUCCGGUAUUGUCUGCUGA